CCUUCUACCAUCCCCACAGACAAAAACAAGGCUUUUCUUUCUCCAUCUUUUCAUCCUUGGCAACAUGGCUUCUUCUUCUUCUUCUGCUUCGUUUCCAACGGCUUCUCCUGUUUUCAUGAUCUUCUCGCUUCUGGCUAGUAGCUUACUCUUCAUGGCUGUCUCCUCCGCCGCCGACCUCCACCAAGACGUCGACAUCACUUGGGGCGACGGCCGCGCCAGGAUCCUCGACAACGGCCAGCUCCUCACUCUCUCGCUCGACAAAGCCUCUGGCUCCGGCUUCCAGUCCAAGAACCAGUAUCUCUUCGGCAACAUCCACAUGCAGCUCAAGCUUGUCCCCGGAAACUCCGCCGGCACAGUCACUGCCUACUAUCUGUCGUCGCAGGGAACAACCCACGACGAGAUAGACUUCGAAUUCUUGGGAAAUUUGAGCGGAGACCCCUACAUUCUCCACACCAAUGUGUUCAGCCAAGGCAAGGGAAACCGAGAGCAGCAAUUCUACUUGUGGUUCGACCCCACCGCCGAUUUCCACACCUACUCCAUCCUCUGGAAUCCCCAGCGCAUCAUAUUCUCGGUGGACGGCACGCCCAUCAGAGAGUUCAAGAACGCAGAGUCCGUGGGCGUUGCGUACCCAAAGAACCAGCCGAUGAGGAUAUACUCCAGCCUCUGGAACGCCGAUGACUGGGCCACCAGGGGCGGGCUCGUGAAGACCGACUGGACCCAAGCUCCCUUCACGGCUUCCUACAGGAACUUCAAAGCGGAUGAUGCUUGCGUCUGGUCUUCUGGAGCAUCGUCGUGCGGCAGCUCCAGUGGCUCGACUAGUUCAUGGCUCUCCCAGGAGCUGGACUCCACAAGCCAGGAGAGGCUGAGAUGGGUGCAGAAGAAGUACAUGAUCUACAAUUACUGCGCCGACGCCAAGAGGUUUCCGCAGGGCCCUCCUCCCGAAUGCAGCCUCUCCUAAUUGAACAAAAUCAAGCGCAAUUCAUGCAUCAAUCCGUGAUAUUCUUUUGCAUCUAACUGCCACAAAUAUUCAUUUGAUUUAUUCUUUAUCAUUGUAAUUUUUGUUGAGCUCCUAUUGUACAAGAACAUUUUAUUACAUUUUCUAUUCAAAACAGAGAGAAAGCAUGCAGCUACGUGUGUUCUUGUUAUUUCUUCA